ACCCCUACGCCUCCUCAAGUCCAACAAUGGCUCCGCGCGUGGGCCUCCUCCCGCACGCGCUCCUCGCCUCCUCCAUCUCCUCCCGAGUUCUCAACUCGCCUCCUGCUCGCCUCCCUUAUCCUCCCUUCCCCACCUACCGCCGGUUCGCCUCCGCUCCACCGCGCCUCCGGCCUGGGUGCCAGCCGCCUCUCCUUACCGCGUCCGCCAUGUCGUCGUCGGCCCCCGCCGGGAAUCCCUACGCCGCGGAGCUCGCCGCCGCCAAGAAGGCCGUCGCACUCGCCGCCCGCCUCUGCCAGAUGGUGCAACAAGACAUUGUGCAAUCUGGCGUUCAGUCUAAGGCAGACAAAAGUCCUGUCACGGUGGCCGAUUAUGGAUCUCAAAUAUUGGUCAGUCUUGCCUUGAAGAUGGAAGUACAAUCUGACUCAUUUUCAUUGGUGGCUGAGGAGGACUCGGAAGAAUUGAGAAAAGAUGGUGCUGAAGAAAUUUUGGAAAAUAUUACUGAUCUUGUGAAUGAAACCAUCUUUGAUGAUGGUUCAUAUAGCAUCUCAUUUUCCAAGGAAGGUAUCCUCUCUGCGAUUGAUGAUGGAAAGUCUGAGGGAGGCCCAUCCGGACGACAUUGGGUGCUAGAUCCAAUCGAUGGGACAAAAGGUUUCUUAAGGGGUGACCAGUAUGCAAUUGCACUAGCUCUGCUUGAUGAAGGUAAAGUUGUCUUGGGUGUAUUGGCUUGUCCAAAUCUUCCUUUGUCAUCAAUAAGCAACCUCAAUGGUAGCUCUUCGGGGGAUCAAGUUGGUGCCCUGUUUUCUGCUACAAUUGGUUGUGGGGCUGAAGUAGAGUCCCUAGAUGGCUCUCCGCCACAAAAGAUUAGUGUUUGCUCCACCGAAAAUCCAGUCAAUGCCUCAUUCUUCGAAUCCUAUGAAAGUGCUCACUCCAUGCAUGAUUUGACUAGCUCUAUUGCAGAGAAACUUGGGGUUCAAGCUCCUCCUGUUAGAAUUGACAGUCAAGCAAAAUAUGGUGCUCUGGCCCGAGGUGAUGGUGCCAUUUACUUGCGCUUUCCACACACAGGUUAUAGAGAGAAGAUAUGGGACCAUGCAGCUGGCUCAAUUGUAGUGACAGAAGCUGGAGGUAUAGUAACAGAUGCUGCAGGAAAUGAUUUGGAUUUCUCCAAAGGGAGAUAUCUUGAUCUUGACACAGGCAUCAUCGCAACAAACAAGCAGUUGAUGCCGUCGCUCCUAAAGGCUGUCCAAGAGUCUAUCAAGGAGAAAAACCAGGCUGCUUCCCUCUUGUAGCUGUUAUAGUGAUCAACAAAAAUGUUAGUUGCAAUACUGUUUCCCAUUCGUACUGUGUCAUACAGGGGCACAGCCUUUCGUUGUGACAUUGCAAUUUCAUGUUGUACCGUAUUUGUUACAUCUACCCAAUGGGUGAUCAGGCACCACUCUUUUUACUGAACAAAAACAAUCGGAGAAGUUCAUUCAAUUUGCUUCA